GUGGCGGCGGAGGAGGCGCCGCUGGGGGCGGAGCUGGAGGCGGAGCUGGACCUGGAGGGGGCGGAGCUGGAGGAGGUGGAUGUACACAUCCAGGAGAACCUGGAGGACGCUUUGGUGCAGGAGGCCCUGAGGACGGGCGUGGACCUGCUCCAGUAUUCCCGGCACGUGGAGCUGGAGCUCCAGGAGGUGGAAAGAGCCUCUAUCCAGGACUACAUCAAGGAGAGCGAGAACAUCGCGGAGCUGCACAAUCAGAUCACGGCCUGUGAUGCCAUCCUGCAGCGGAUGGAGCAGAUGCUGAGCUCGUUCCAGUGUGACCUGAGCAGCCUGAGCUGGGAGAUCCGGGCGCUGCAGGACCAGUCCGUGGCCAUGAACCUCCGGCUCCAGAACCGCCGGAACGUCCGGGAAAAGCUGGGACAGCUCCUGGACGAGCUCGUGGUGCCCCCGGCCAUGAUCAGCGCAAUCCUGGAGGCACCGGUGACGGAGCCGGAGUUCCUGGAGCGGCUGCGGGAGCUGGACGGGAAGAUCGGGGCGGUGAAGGAACAGGCGUUCCGCGACACCCUGGCCUGUGCCGACGUCCAGCACGUCCUGGACAAGCUCAAGGUCAAGGCCGUCACCAAAAUCCGGGAAUUCGUCCUGCAGAAGAUUUACUCAUUCCGGAAACCCAUGACCAACUACCAGAUCCCACAGGAUUCCCUCCUCAAAUACAAAUUUUUCUACCAAUUCCUGCUGGGCAACGAGCGGAAUGUGGCGCAGGAAUUGCGGGAUCAGUACGUGGAGACGGCCAGCAGGAUCCAUUUCUCCUACUUCAAAUCCUACACUGGGCGCCUCAUGAAGAUCCAGUACGAGGAGGUGGCAGAGAAGGACGACCUGAUGGGUGUGGAAGACACGGCCAAGAAAGGGUUCUUCUCCAAACCGUCCCUGAAGAACAGGAACACCGUGUUCACCCUCGGCAACCGCGGCGCCGUCAUCGCCCCCGCCGAGCUCGAGGCGCCCAUCAUCGUCCCCCACGCCGCCCAGAAGAGCGACCUCAGGUACCCGUUCGAGUCGCUGUUCCGCAGCCAGCACUACGCGCUGCUGGACACGAGCUGCCGGGAAUUCGCCUUCCUCUCGGAAUUCUUCCUGGUCUCCGGGAAUUCCGCCCAGGAAUUGUUCGAUGCCGUCAUGGGAAAGACCCUGGCCAUGUUCCUGAGGCACAUGGAGGGUUUUGUGUCGGAUUGCUACGACGGCAUCGCCGUCUUCCUCUGCAUCCACCUCGUGCUGCGUUUCCGAGGCAUCAUGGCCAAGAGGAACGUCCCUGCUGUCGACAGGUACUGGGGGUCUCUGCUGGCGCUGCUGUGGCCGCGCUUCGAGCACAUCCUGGAGCUGCACAUCCAGAGCAUCCAGAGCACCGACCCCCAGAAACUGGGAUUCCUGGACACGCGGCCCCACUACAUCACACGGCGUUACGCGGAGUUCUCCUCGGCCAUCGUCAGCAUCAACCAGACCUGCCCCAGCGACAGGAGCGACGCCCUGCUCAGCAGGCUGCAGAUGGAAGUGGAGAACCUGGUGCUCCGUGUGGCCGCCGAGUUCCCGUCUCGCCGGGAGCAGCUCGUCUUCCUCAUCAACAACUAUGACAUGAUGCUGGGGGUGCUCAUGGUAAAACACCCUAAAACACCACAAAAUACCCUAAACCCC